UUUCGUCGUUUAUUGUUUAAAUGAACUUAUUUCCAUUUUUUUUGAAAACUCCUUCGAAUCAAUAAAAAUUUCUUUUAAUGAUUAUUUUAAGUAUUUUUAUUAUUUAGCCAAUUCUAUUUUAUUUAAAAUGUUCAAUCUUAUUCAAAAAAUUGUUCUAAGCAAACCUGCAAAAAUGAUCAAUUCAUUUGCAAUGGCGCAUGAUUUGAAAAUGCUCGUCCGUCCAAACAUUUUGGCAAGUCGUCCGUUUCAAAUUAGCGUUUUGCGCUUCACCUCUUCAAGUUCAUCAGUUCCUAGCGGUGCUAAUUUUCGUGGCCGCAGCUUUCCGACUCAUCUCCAAAAGGGGCCUUCGUCUUUGGUUAGUUGGACAACCGUUCUAUCUGCCUGGACGAGUUUCGUCGUCAUUUCGCUGACUACUUUGGCUCUUGCCAUAACAGGAGCGAUUUUCUUCUUCAAUACAUUUGAUAAGCUGGCUAAGAAAGAAGAUCUCAAAGCAAUGGAUCUCAAGCUUGAACGCUAUGGACGUGAAGGAGUUGAGAAAAUGGCAACAAAGGAGAAUGUCAAAGAAAUUUUAAAAAUUUUGGAGAAGAAAAAUUGA